AUGGCGAUUGGGCAAAAAGCACUUGUUAAUACUGUUCACCAAUCUUCAGGAGGAGGUGGAGGGUCUUUUGUUGCUAGGAAAAACAAUGUUCCACUACUGGUUGCUGGAGGAGGUGGUGGUUUAGAAAACCUGAAAAAACGUCUAGAAAAUUGUGAUGCCAGCAAUGAGACAUCGGGAAAAAAUAAUAAAUGUGUCACACCUUGUGGAAACUGGCAAAUAUUUGAAGGUAAAAUCUCGCAUGUUUGGGGUAAAGUCACGGCGUUUGUGACGUCAUGCUUUUCGUAUAACAAUGACGUUGGUGGAUUUGGAGGUGGUGGCGGAGCAUAUGGUUUUGGUGGAGGAGCAGGUGGAGGUGGGGGCUACUCAGGUGGAGCAUCCGGGGAUAAUGUGAAUGGAUCUUGUGGUGGUGGAGGUGGAUCUUACAAUGUUGGAAAAAAUCAGGUAAACAAGCCUGGUUUUAACAACUAG